AUUCAUUAGUUAAUCUGGAAGCACAAUAUCAUUCUUGCUUCGCCAUGGAAAACCUUUACUGCUACGCUGCUUUCUUCCUCUCCAUUAUCUUCAUCAUCAUCACCAGACUUGUAUACAAGCAUAGCCCAAAUUCACCACCUGGUCCGUUUUCUUUGCCAAUAAUAGGCCAUUUCCACCUCCUUAGACAACCACUGUACCAAACUCUACACACCCUAUCGUUUCAGUACGGUCCUGUCUUGACCCUUAAAUUUGGUUCUCGGCCUGUCGUCGUCGUAUCUUCUCCUUCCGCUGUCGAAGACUGUUUCACCAAGAACGACAUAAUAUUUGCAAAUCGUCCCCGCUCCAUGGCCGGUGAUAUUUUGACGUACAACUUAACUGCUCCGGCCUGGGCUCCAUACGGCCACUUGUGGCGGAACCUCCGACGCAUCCUGAACACCGAGAUCUUCUCUAAGAAUAGCCUCCAAAAGUUUUCCAUCAUCCGAGAACAAGAGGUUUACUCCCUCGUUCGCUUAGUGUUCAAAAUCUCAAAUGGAUCAGAACCCCAAAAAGUGGAAUGUAAGUAUUUGUUCUCUCUCCUGACUUUCAAUGUAAUUAUGAGAAUGCUCACUGGGGAGCCAUGUGUUGGAGAGGAGGCUGCAAGUACAGAUCUAGGAAAGCAGCAGCUCAAAGACGUGAAGAGGAUUCUUUUUGCAUUUUUGGGAAUGAAUAUAUGUGAUUACAUCCCAAUUUUGAGGUGGGUUGGUUACAAAGGGUUGGAGAAGAACAUGGUAAGAUUGCGAGGGAAGAGGGAUAAAUUCUUGUGCCACAUGAUAGAAGAGAUUGAGCAAAUAAAAAAUAGUCCUUUGAAUACUAAGAAGGGGACUUUGAUAGAAACUCUGCUGUCUCUUCAUGAAUCAGAAAGUGAAUUUAAUUCAGAUGAUAUCAUCAAAAGCAUCGUUUUGAUGAUGUUUGCCGCGGGAACAGAUACAAAUAUAACAACGAUGGAAUGGGCAAUGACACUUCUGCUAAAUCAUCCAGAGGCAUUGCAGAAGGUUAAAGUGGAGAUUGACAACCAAGUUGGACAUGGGCGCUUGCUAAAUGACUCUGAUCUUGCCAAUCUUCCUUGUCUUCGUUGUGUCAUCAACGAGACACUUAGACUCUAUCCCCCAACGCCACUUUUACUACCUCAUUUUUCUGUAGAAGAUUGCACUGUUGGGGGUUAUAAGAUACCGCAAGGGACAAUGCUAUUAGCCAAUGCAUGGGCUGUGCAUAGGGAUCCCAAGCUCUGGGAGGAGCCCGAUGGCUUCAAGCCAGAGAGAUUUGAAGGAUUCAAUGGAGAAAGAGACGCUUUCAAAUUCUUCCCAUUUGGGAUUGGGAGGAGGGCAUGCCCCGGUGCUGGCAUGGGCCACCACCUAAAUUCUCUAGCCCUUGGUGCACUCAUCCAGUGCUUUGACUGGGAAAGGCUUGACAAGGAGAUGGUGGACAUGACUCCUGCUUCAGGGUUUCUUUUGGCUAAGGCCAAGCCUUUGGAAGCUCUCUGUAGUCCCUGCAAUUCCAUGACAGAGAUCCUCUCUCAGCUUUGAUAACCUGAUCUACGUGUAAUAUAUUAAACUAUCUUGCUUCGGACUGAAGUUCCUUCUGUUAAAAUAAGAUCUCUCCCAAAAACGUUCAAGUGCAGAAUGUGUUAAAAUCUGCAUUCUAAUUUGGGUCUAGAUCUUUUUGUUAAGGAUAUAAUAUGAGGAAAUA